UCGACUGCCAUGGAUGAUCACGACGACGCCUUCACGCCGCUGCCGAGCCGAAAGCGGACGGGCUGGCGGCCGCUGGACUUCGUGCGGCGCCGGCAUGCGCGCUUCCGCGAGGAAUGGUGCCUCAUGGAGGCCUCGGGCAUGUUCGGCGACUUCGGGACGCUGCUGCCCCUGCUGCUCGCCAUGGCGAAUGUGGGAAGCGUGGCGCCGGCUGCCGCGCUCUUCUGGUUCGGCGCGUUUAACGUCGCGACGGCGUACGAGUGGGACGUGCCCAUGUGCGUGCAACCGAUGAAGACCAUCGCGGCGGCCGCGAUCGCCGACGGGCUCUCGGCGGGCGCCGUGAGCGCGGCGGGCCUCUUCGUCGGCGCGUGCGUCCUCGCGCUGGGCCUCACGGGCCUCGUGGAGGUGGUGAACCGGUUCGUGCCGCGCAGCGUCGUGUCGGGCAUCCAGCUGGGCCUCGGCGUGCGCAUGGUGGGCCUCGCGCUCGUUAUGAUCUUCGACGCGCCCUGGUGGGCGGCGGCGGUCGGCGCCGCGCUCGCGCUCGUCGCGUUCGGCGUCGCGCGGCGCCGCGACGCCGCCGUCCCCGUCGCGCUCGGCCUCGUCGCCGCCGGUCUCGCCGUCGCCGCGGCCGCGGCCGCCGCGGACGGCGGCGCGGGGGCCGCCGCGCGCGCCGCGUGGCGCCGGUGGCGGCCGGGCCGCCUCGCGCUCGCGCCGCGCCUGCCGUCGCGCCGCGACUGGGUCGCGGGCGUCGUUCGCGCGGGCCUGCCGCAGCUGCCGCUGACGACGCUCAACUCGGUCAUCAGCGUCACGGCGCUCGCGGGCCGCCUGUUCCCGGACGCCCCGCCCGACCGGAUGCCGACGCGCCGCGGCGUCGCCGCGUCCGUCGGCCUCAUGAACGUCGUCGGCUGCUGGUUCGGCGCCGCGCCCGCGUGCCACGGCGCCGGCGGCCUCGCGGGCCAGUACCGCUUCGGCGCGCGCGGCGGCGCGUCCGUGUGGGUCCUCGGCUGGGGCAAAAUGCUGCUGGCCCUGCUCCUCGGGGACAAGCUCAUGUUGGACGCCGUCCGCGCGUUCCCCGCGCCCGUCCUCGGCGCGCUCCUCGCCGUCGCGGGCGUGGAGCUCGCCGCCGCGGGCGCCGCCGCCGACGGCGCCGCCGCGCCGUGCCUCGUCGCGGCCGCCGCCACCGUCGCGCUCCGGAACACGGGCCUCGGCGCCGCCUGCGGCCUGGCCGUCGCCGCGGCCGAGAAACUUGCCGAGCGCCUCGAGCGACGCCGCGCGGGCGACGACGAGCAGGAGGCGCCGCCCGCCGCCGACGCCGAGACGAAGGAGGAGCCCGCGUCGGGGGACGAAGAGGCCGGUCGCGCCAAACCGGAGGGCAAAUAG